AUCAAAAAAUACAAAUAAAACAAAUGUGCUUCUUCUUGCGCUCGCAGUAGGGUUUCACGAUCCUUUGCCGCCCAUCAAGGUUCGAGUCAUGCCGUUUUACCGUCGGCAUCUCAUCCACUGUCUCCGAUCGACUGUCUGCGAAGCCAACAUAUCCGCCAAAUCGCGGCCCGCUGUCCUCUUUUUUCUGCCCCGCUACUUCGCCUUCUCCUCCCUUGAAGAGGCCGCAGCGGAGCGCCGCCGUCGUAAGCGCCAACUUCGAAUCGAGCCCCCCAUCCACCGUGACUCCGGUGCCUCCCGCUCCACCCGUAAUUCCAACACCCUCCGCCUCCCCGAUGCCACCGCCGCCCUCGUAGGCCCCCGCCUCAGCCUCCAUAACCGCAUUCAAACCCUUAUCCGCGCCGGUGACCUCGAUGCUGCCUCCGUCCAAGCCCGCCACGCCAUCUUUUCUCCUAUAAAACCCACUGUAUUCACCUGCAACGCUGUCAUGUCUUCCAUGCUACGCGCCAGCCGCUUCGGCGAUGUCUUCGCCCUCUUCCACUUCUUCUUCACCCAGCAAAACAUCAUCCCCAACAUAGUAUCCUACAACAUCCUCAUCAAUGCCCACUGCGACGCCGGCCAAGUGAAUACAGCUCUCGACGUCUACCGUCAAAUCCUCCAUAAUGCCCCCUUCACCCCAUCAACUUACACCUACCGCUACCUCAUCAAAGGCCUAGUGGACUCCAGCCGCAUUGCCGACGCUGUCAGCCUACUUCGAGAAAUGCUCAACCGUGGGCAUUCCGCGGAUACUCUGGUUUACGACAUCGUAAUCGCAGGUUUCAUCGCGCUCAAUGACAUGGAAAAGGCUAUCGAGCUAUUCGACGAGCUCCGAGAGCGGUGUCAAGUCUACGAUGGGGUUGUUCAUGCCACUUUGAUGAAGGGAUACUGGAAGCUUGGGAUGGACAAGGAAGCUAUGGAGUGCUACCAGUCGUUGCUGGACCGCCAGUUUAGGAUGCAUCCUGCUACCUGUAAUGUUCUCUUAGAGACGCUUCUCAUGCAUGACAAGGUCACAGAAGCCGAACAACUCUUCGAUCAAAUGCUGGAUGAACACAAGCCCCCUGUUUUUAUGGGAAUAAAUGCAGAAAGUUACAGUAUAAUGAUAAACCAUUGCUUUAACAAAGGGAAGUUUGCAGAGGCCAUUGAAACUUUCAACACUACGGGUUUGAAACCCCUGCCGAAGGAUCUAGGACGCUACAAUCACAUCAUUGGGAAGCUCUGCGAGAAUGGAAUGGUACAAGAUGCAGUAAAGCUGUUCGAGGAAAUGCUGAGCCAGUCCGUUGAACCUGAUGCUGCCACAUAUGGCUUCAUCAUCGAUGCAUACUUUAGAGAUUGUAGGUUUGAGGAUGCUAUGGUGUUUUUUGACAAGUUAGUGAAUGGUGGAGAUGGUUCAUUAAAGGCUGCUCUGGAAAUAUGCAACAAAAUGGUUAAUGAAUUGGUGAAGGCAGGAUGUUUGGUUCAGGCUUUGGAGGUUGUUAGGAAGAUGGGGGUGAGUGGUACAAGGCCGAGCAUGGCGACCUAUGAGGUUUUGAUCACUGGGUUAUGCAAAGAAGGGGACUUUGACAGUGUUCUGGCUUUGUUUGAAGAGAUGGUGAAGUGUGGUAUUCUUGUGAGUAUUGAACUCCAAUCGUUUGUAUCUGAGAGUUUUGAGAAGGCAGGCCGCAGUUUAGAUAUUGAAUUGCUCCUUGCUUCUUGUGCUGCUGCUGCUCCUCGAGCUAUUUCUGCUCAGUGCGUGGAGGGUAAAGUUGUUCCUAGACCCACCUCCUCCCAGCAGGUUGUUGGUGGCAUUUUUGCUCCUUCGGUUAACUUACAGGCAGCAGCUUGAUGUUUUCCUUUUUUUCUUCUUUUUGUUCUAUCUUUCCUUAAAAAUUAGGCACGCCAUGAAUUUUGAAUGUUUAUAGGAAAUUUAUUCAGGGGAAAUUUUUUCUCUUAAAA